UUACAUAAACCAGACCAAGACGUAACUCCUCUUCUCCGAUCUCUUUCUCUCUGUCCUUCUCCACCGACACCUAUCUCUCUUCCCUCAGGAUCAAGACGUAAUACCUCCCGUCAGGAUCUCCAAAUUUUUCCUCAGAUCUCAAUUUUCCCAGAAAAAGAAACCACAAGAUUUCCCGAGAAACAAACAAAAAACACUCAUAAACACACCCAAUAAUGUCACGCAGUGAUGCCAUUCCCAUCCACCAAUCCUCCCAGUCGGACAUCGACGAGAUCGAAAACCUCAUCAACUAUGGCCCGUCAACAGUCCUCCCUGCCCGCCUACCAAGCCCACCACGAGCCCAGAUCCCAAUCUCCUCCUCCCCCUUCCUCCCCUCCAAUCUCUCUCCUUCCCCACCCACUCAAAAACCGCCACCUGUACCUUCAUUCCCGGCCCCACAGCCUCCGCCGCCUCCGGGCAGUAGUGGGCCUCCGAAUAUUGCCGCAACGGGCUUCGGCCCGGCCCCGAACACUCUGACGGAACCGGUGUGGGACACGGUGAAGAGGGACUUGUCGAGAAUUGUGAGUAACCUGAAACUGGUGGUGUUCCCAAACCCUUACCGGGAAGAUCCUGGAAAGGCGUUGCGGGAUUGGGAUCUUUGGGGACCAUUUUUCUUCAUUGUGUUUCUAGGUCUCACGUUAUCUUGGUCCGCUUCGGUCAAAAAGUCUGAGGUUUUUGCUGUUGCGUUUGCACUACUUGCGGCAGGUGCUGUGAUUUUGACGUUGAAUGUGUUGCUGCUGGGUGGUCAUAUCAUCUUCUUCCAGAGUCUGAGUCUUCUAGGUUACUGUCUAUUCCCUCUGGAUAUUGGUGCCCUAAUAUGCAUGUUGAAGGACAAUGUGAUAAUCAAGGUGGUUGUGGUGUGUGUGACAUUGGCUUGGAGUUCUUGGGCUGCAUAUCCGUUCAUGAGUACUGCUGUCAACCCUAAGAGAAAAGCUCUUGCACUCUACCCUGUCCUGCUCAUGUAUGUAUCUGUUGGUUUUCUCAUAAUUGCCAUCGAUUAAUGCACCAAUGGAGGCUGCUGUAGGAAUAUACAUAAGCAGAUCAGACUCACAUGUUAUAUAGAAAUUCACGUUGUGGUAAAUUUUUUGUUGGGUAAACAAUGCGGUGGUUAAUGUGAUUGCAAGAGUAAGCUUUACUAUUUUUUGGCUCUGCUGCUGAGUUGAUGUGGUUGAAACUCCAUUCUGGAAAUAUAUUCUAUACUAGUUGUAAAGAUUUUUUGUUGUAUAACUUGUCCUUCUUUACUUGUAACCUAGUCUGAUAAUAUUUUGAGCCCUUUACCUAUAUUGCACUUGG